GCAGCGACCCAACGUUGUCAAGAUGGCAGUUGGUGCACGGGGUUGAUCUCGCUCGCGGUAUGGAUUUUGCCGCGUGAUUCUUGGCGCCGCAGUGAUUCCCGUCCGUCUUCGUGGGGAAGAGAGGAGGAACAGGAGAGACAGCGCGGUGCGACCGCGGAUGCCGCAAAUGGUGUCGCGUCGCGGAAGCUCGGCCGAUCGAACGCGGUAAUGAGAAGAAUAUUUCGGAGCAGCGUGCGGUAACGGAGCCAGGGCCUCUACAAUGGUGGAUAACAGUUGUAUCAUCGAGGGAAACGUCAAAUUUCGCGACGGCAAGAAGUGGAAGUCAAGAUGGUGCGUUAUGCGAAAAUUAUCGCCAGUAGCAGAUUGCUUGCAUUUACAACUGUACGGGGAUAGUAAGGAUCGUUACAAACAAGGCCAAACGAAAGCAUCUUUGAGCUUGCAACAUUUUCUGGGAGUGGAGAGCGGUUUUACCCUUGACAAAGAAUCCAAUACAAUUGCUAUAAUUUGCCAGGAUGUGACAGUCGUUCUCGCGUUUGACACGCGAGAGCGAUUGAUUCAGUGGCAGGUUAAGAUCUCGAACAACUUGGGUGAAGAUCAGCAAUUCUUGAUACUCAUCUCUUCGGUACCGUCAAAGGCAAAGUUCACUAAUGGACCGGCCCACUUGCACAUUCAGGAUCGUCGUUUCUGCAUCACUGUCGGCGUGCCACCACGGCUCGUCGGUAUAUGGGAGAUUGCACAUCUUCGACGAUACGGUGUGGUCGAGGGUAGAUUUUGCUUCGAGGGCGGCUCUAGAUGCGGUCGAGGCGAGGGGCUACACGUUCUGAUAACCGAUCAAGGAGAUGAUAUAGUCAAGACAUUACAAUUGGCGGCCGAGGGAAAGCUCACCACGAAAAAACGAUCGCCGCUCAGUAGAGAACAAUCGAUGACGCAAGACAGCCCGGGACGACGUCAAUGUUCCCGCUCAGAGACCAGAGCCAGCGAUUUUUUCCCUUCGAUCGCUUUGUAUUCGACAUCUACGUACGAAGAACAAUGCGACAGCUGCAAGAAUGAGAACUCGCCCUAUUGGUCGUCCGCGGAGAGCAGACAACAGACAGCGGAACUCGAUGGCGAUUACAGUUGCAGGGAUACGAUGUCGAUAUCGGAACUGCCCGAUCAGCAACCUAGCGGUGAGUGGCGCAGCUGUUCGCUCACUCGUCAAGGUGCGACUGGUCUCGAGAGAUGCGCCAGUUGCAUCAGCAAACUCGGCACAGUCUCAAAAUCGUCCACCUUGAUCACGACUACUAUGAGCGGUAUAAGCAGUCCAGCCGCCAGUACGUUAAACAAUCUAGGAUGUCAUUUGCAACCUCGUACUUUCGAUCGACUCUCACUGUCCUCUUAUAGCAGUAGUAGUCACGACAGUGAUUAUUCCGGCUCGCAGCAGAUCGAAUGUCAGUGCGCGCAACCGAAAACCGCCCAGUCUCAAACGGCACAGCAGACGACGGCUCGUCGAAUGUCACCGAGCCCGAGUGCGUUGCCACCGAGACCGCCGAAACCGUCCCAACCGUCAUCACUACCAAUAGCUAAUCAAUCCGUCACUGCCAAGAAGCCUAAGAAACCGCCGAUGCCGCUACCAACCGAGCAACAACAGACUUGCGUGCACGCAUUAAAGCCCCAACAAACUCAACAGUCUCAGCAACAAUCGCAGCAGCUCGUGUCUCGCGGCGCCGCAGGACCUUAUGAGAACUACGACAUUCCAAAAACAAUCCUGGGUCAUCAUAUGCUGCUGGAGCAAGGCCCGCAACCGGAACAGUAUUAUGAUACACCAAGAAAAAUCAAAGAAUGUCUUACACUGCCGAAAACUUAUCCCAAUUAUGAUACGCCUCAGGUGCCGCAGGCCGUAGUCCUGCAAGGAUGCGGAUGUCCCGCAAAACUCACGGUUCAGUCACCCAGAUCUUCGGGAUGUCCUUGUCACAAUGUUAUGAGCUGGGCUGGUUUUGUCCUUCCUUAUUGUCGACGCGGCGCAGGAAUCGAACCUACCGGUGUCACGGUACAUCCUGUGAAGCUCUCGGGUGAAGGCAAGAUGCCAGUGGUGAAUGCCAGUGGGGAUGUAGCCAUUUAUGCAACAACUAAAAGGGUACAUAAAACUGAAUUGAUCGACGAAAAAGCUAUUGUGGAGAAUUGUGGCUGUGCUGCGACAAGUAAAUCGAACAAUUACGAGAAUGUCGAACCGGUAAUAGAUACGCAACCAGAAUCAAAGCAACCGAAUUACGUGAAUAUAGAUUUUACGCAAUCGCUCGAACAUUACGAAAACAGCAAAGACGUACUAACAAAGAGUAGCAUAUCGCAGGAAGAGAUUGAAAAAUUCGCGGAUCAGUUAAAGGAACCGGCAUCCGAAGUACCAAGGAGCGAGAGCGUUUCCAAGGUUUGCGAAAAGUGCGGUCACGCGAAGGAAAGGGAAGAUGAUUAUUUAGUUAUGGAUCCGGAGCAAACCCCGAAAAAACCAUUUCCUAGUUACUUACCGAUGCAUCCGAUUCAUAAUGCUUGUUCCAAGGAGAUCUUGUCCAGGCUUUGCAGCGGCAUCAAGAGUUCUAGCAAUCCGACAUUAUCGGGAUCCACGUUACUCGAAGGGAAUAAGAAACGUUCCGAUUCGGAGUAUCGUGUGCCAGGUUCAGCAAUGUUAUCCAGCCCGUAUCUCAGACGUCGUUAUUUGGACGCGGGUAACGUCACAGAAUCUGGUGCUAGCGGCAUAAAUAUACUUCUCAGGAAACGAUCUUACUCUGCCGAGUCCGCGCAUUAUCUGGACGACGAGAGCCAUACCUUUCCGUCCACGCUUACCAUCCACAAGUGUUCAAGCGAAGCGGACAAAAAUUCUUUGAUAACCGGCGAGCCGCAUAAUUCGUGCGUAAACUCCGAGAAUAAGAUCAGUAAUAGCAAUCACGAGAAUGGGCAGACAUUGGUGACCGGUGUCGCGUCUCAGCCGUCCUUUAUCAAAAUCCGACGCUCGUCAUCCGUACCAUCUAAGACCGGUCACAACAGAGACUCGUCGAGUAGCAACGAUUCGGGCGUUUCCACUGGCUCCUUGAGUCAUCGAACGGCGGAAUUUGUCGAGUAUGAGUUGACGGGAUCUGCCGCUUCGGCAAUAAAGCAGAAUAUGUUAUCGCAAGUUUGUCGUAAAAGUCCACCACCCACGUGUUACCACAGCAGCCUGCCGAGGAAGUCCAAAUCUAGCGAUCCUCUUCGUGAAAUCUCUUUUCAGUUUCAAAAAAUCAAGGUACCGACAAAAUCUUCGUCCGCGGAAGCUGACAUACCUACGUGUUUACCGAAGGCCACGAAGGGCUUUAACAGUCCCGGUGAAGUCUCGAAUACACCUUACAUCGAUUCUCGGAGUACUAGCAGUGGAACUUCCGACAUGUCGGAUUAUAUUGAAACUUUGUCACUAUCGUCACACUCUUCAUCUGAUACGCCCGACAGCCUACGAUUAGGAGGCAGAGCAGUAGCAACUACUCUUCGACCUCGUAGUGGGAAAGAAUACUACAAAAUUGAUCGAAGUAUAUUGGUAGAGCAGGGACGGAUUCUUACAACGGCAUCUGCUAAUUAUGCAAAUAUCACUCCAGUGUUAGAAAAGAGUGAGUCACCAUCACCUGGUUACAUGAGUAGCUCACCAUUCGAGCAACCACAACCUACUCGUGAUCAUUUUUUGUUCCCUGAAGAAGCUUGAAUGUAAUAAUAUUGUUUGGGAAAAAAAGAGAAAACUUGAAGUUCCUAGGAAUUCCAAACAAAAUGAGUAAGAAUGAGUAUUUCAAUGGUAGAAAUUAUAAUUGGGGCAUUGUGACUAUUUACACUAUACGCGGAUAUCUGGGAUUACUUUUGAAUCUAUCUAUGAUUAUUCGCCACAUGCCAAUAUUGUAUAACAUGCCAAAUGACCCUAUCAAAUAACAAUCAAAAAUUCAUAAUUCUAAGAACACGAAAGCACUCUUACUAAAUUAAAGGUUUUUUUAUUGAUGUUUUCGUAAAUGUCUUCCUCUAAAAAGCACAAUCAAAGAAAAAAAAGAAAAAAUGUAAAAAAGACAUGAAUUUAUACAAAAAUCUAGGUACUAGCGUAUAGUCGAAAUAAUGUCAGUAAUCAAACACAAUUCCUACAACGACUCAAACAAUUUCUAAAAUAUGCUCAAUAAGAAACUAAUAGUUUGUAUAGUAAAAAUCCUGCCCUAGGAUGUAAAAGAUAUGCAUUGUAUACUUUAUAUGAGUAUAUCGUUUUUUAAAUACUUUCUUAUUUUGUAUGAGUAUACUUCUAUAUAGACUAUUGUACAGUCAUUUUCGAAAAAAUUGAAUGAGAUUCAUUCAUUCUUAGAGAUUUCACGUCAGAGUUCUUGAAAUUUUAUGGAUCAAUCAAUAUGACAUCAGAGCUCAUAAAUAAUACAACAGAAUUCUAAUACCUCGAAUAAAAUAGUUUUAGCUUGUAUCUCUUUUAAAAUUAAAAAUUUGAAAA